UCCCAGGUACAUCAGCUGUCCUCCUGCUGCAGAGAUGGUGCAAGCAACUCCCUUGCUGCUGGUGCUCUUCCUGGCCCUGGGGGCUCAUGGCCUGGCUGUGAAAAAGUGCUCCCUGACCGGGCGCUGGGUCAAUGACCUGGGUUCCAACAUGACCAUCACAUCCGUGAAUGCAAAAGGUGUCUUUGCUGGCUCCUACCACACGGCUGUGACAGCCACCUCCAACGAGAUCAAGCUGUCACCGCUGCAGGGAUCCAUGCAGAAGGGCCCUAACCAGAAGGGCCAGCCCACCUUUGGCUUCACCGUCAACUGGAGCUUUUCAGAUUCUGUCACUGUUUUCACGGGCCAGUGCUUUGUGGAUGAGUAUGGAAAGGAAGUCUUGAAGACCAUGUGGCUGCUGAGGUCACACGUGGAGAACAUAAAAAAUGACUGGAAAGCCACCAGGGUGGGCACCAACGUCUUCACCCGCCUGCAGUCACAGGAGUGAGGGUGACAGCGGGGGCUUCCCAGCAGUGACAGGGGUGUGGCCCCUGCUCCUGCAGCACCACCUGCUUCUCCCAAUAAAGCUUUGCUGCAAGCGCC